GAGCCCUCCUCCCAAUGUCCUAGCGGUGGAGGCAGCCGAGUAAGCAUCCGCGUUAGCAGCAGCCGCCACCGCCACCGCCGCAGGCGCCGAGGUAGAAUGCCUCGCCUUGGCAGCGUUGGCACCGCUUCUUUCCUCUGCGCGCUGCCCCCCUAAAGGGCGCAACGCUCAGGAGUCAAUUACUGGAAUCACCAAUUUUGCAAAUUUAUGUGCACAUUUCUCUUCCACUAUGAGCAGACUGCUAGAACUUCACAUUUGCAUGGCUCUUAUUAACAUCCUGCUUUUCUCUGUCUCACAAUGUCUGGCUUUCCCCAAAAUGGGAAGGAGGGAGAUAGAACACACUGAAGGUCAAACUAAGGGAUGGAAUAUAGAUGACCUUGAAAAACCCAGACCUUCAAAGCAAACAGCCCAAAUGGCACUAAUAGAAGAUUCAAAUAUAAUUUUAACAGAACUAUCAGAAACAUCAUUGAAUAAAGGGUUCACUGUUGGGGGAGUAACACAGUUUACUGGAGUAAGCACUGUAUUUACAUAUGGUCAGAGCACUGAUGUGUAUACCCCUACUGAGUCAAUGGCUUCUUCAGAUGAAGAAGGACUUAAUCCUAGGGAACACAAUAAAGACUUAUCUGAAAGUAGGUUAACCACAGCUGUUACUACAAUAGUCUCCCCAAAUAGUAACAUGAAAGUUGAUUUUUUUAGUAGUUCCAGUAGCAUGCCCACUGUUGAAAAAGCCAUAGAAACAGGACAAGAUUUUCCAAGGCUUCUGGGUGAUCAAUUCUUGGAGACAGGAAGGAAGGCAGGUGAGAGUUUGGAACAUUCAAUAUCGACUCAGUUGAACACUGAAGAAAUGCUAACUACUAAUCCACAGACUGGAAAUUUGGAAAUAACCAUUGAACAUACAACGGUGUCAUCUUCUGUGACAAGUCCCAUAACAGAGACUGGGAAUGGGAUGCUCACUGCAAGCAGAGAGAGUCCUUCACAGCUGACAGCUCAUCAACCUCAGACCAUGGUCACUGAACACCUGCUUGACUACUCAGAGUAUUUGCCAAGUAUUGAGUCAGAAACUGACAGCAUGCCAGGAGGCAUGGCAAUGGCAACCAACACUCCGACGGCAGCUUCAGAUAUUCUGGCUGUCUCUGCCCUAAAUGAGGAUUGGGAUGAUACUAAAUUAGCAAGUGCAAGCCGAAUGGGAGUCUCAGAGCCCAGAGACAAUGCAGGGACUAUUUCUGUGGGAGCCAAAGCUCCUCAGAUACUACAGACAGGCCAUGAUGAUGUGAAAGGAGGGGAACUCUUGACAGAUUUUGCAGAUGGUUCUUUGGGACAAGUUAGAGGGAGACCACAUACUGGGGCAUCUCCAGUGAUGGUGAAUGCAGAAGAAAAAUCUGUUGCCUUUACUGAUCAAAGUUCCUUUCCCUUUAUGAAUCCUAAAGAAGACACUAAAGUGACAACUAUGAGUCUACUCCAGAACAUAAGACACCCUAAACUAGAUAGUAAAGAAUAUGAUGCCAUAUUUUUUCCAGUGACUACAGUUCCCAUCACAGAUUCUCAGUCUGAGGCAUAUUACCCUCUGGGAAAUACACUAACAGACAGUAUAUCUCAAGAGAUGAUGCUUAGUCAAGAUGCAAGAACUACAUUAUCAUCUGUUAUACAAAAGCAGGAUUCUACAGUCGAAAUCACCAGCAAAUCUGGUGAGACUGAGGAGAGAAAUAAGAGCCCGUCUCCCAUCACAGUGGUUUCUAGUGUGACUCAGCUACCAAGAAAGUCAGAAUACUUGGCAACUACUGUCUCAGCUACUGUCAUGCCUUUAUCUCUGGCAGUUACUCUAGUCACCAGCUCAAAAGAAGAGACAUUAUCUCCAGCCUUUGAUCCUUCAGUGACUCUUCCAGGAAUGAUGGAGGAGACGAUGGAUAUUUCCUUGACAUCUGCUUCUGUUACUUCUACAUUAAGAACCCUUCCAUCUAUAAGACACAUUAGUACUUCUGUGACAUAUGACCUGGAACAGAUGGAAUCACAAGAGGGAGAGGAAGAUGAGGAUGAAGAAGUGGAAGAGGAAGAGGAGGAAGAAGAAGAAGAAGAAGAAGAUGAAGAGGAAGAUAAAGAUGAAGACUCUUUAGAUGAAAGCAUGGAAGGUGACACUGAUCUGCCUGGGUUUACUCUCCCUGGAAUUACUUCUCAGGAACCCAGACUAGACAGGGGAAACUUGGAACCAUUGGAAGGAGCAUCAUAUCAGGUUCCAGAUACUAUUGAGUGGGAACAACAGAAUCAAGGCCUUGUGAGAAGUUGGAUGGAAAAAUUAAAAGACAAGGCAGGAUACAUGUCAGGAAUGUUGGUGCCUGUGGGGGUUGGGAUAGCAGGAGCCCUAUUCAUCCUGGGAGCACUUUACAGUAUCAAGAUUAUGAAUCGCCGAAGGCGAAAUGGAUUCAAAAGGCAUAAAAGAAAGCAGAGAGAAUUUAACAGUAUGCAAGAUCGAGUGAUGCUCCUGGCUGACAGUUCUGAAGAUGAAUUUUGAAUUCGGCCAUGGUUCCAUUGUGAUAUCUAAUGAUAUUAUUAUUUCAUUUUUACUUUUGGGCAAAGAAAGACAUCCUGCUGCAUUGCUACUAUCAGGCCCUCUAGUCUUCUGUCCACUGGAUAAUGAUUUUUCUUUUCAGUGAGCAGAAAAGGGCAUGCUGUGUCCUAAAUGUAAUAUGUGAUGAUGAUGAUGUUUGUUUUUAUACAGUGGUGAAUUUCCACUUCCAUACACUGCAUCUCAUAAAUAUGCAGUGUGCCUAUUAUACAAUAGGAAUGGAUGGGAUAAAAUUUGUUUUUUAUCAGUGUCUUUUUCUUGUUUUAGAUUAACUGCACAAAUCUUAACUGUUAUUGUAACCGAGGAGUGCUGAAUUUUGGAAUAGAAGUCUUAAUAAGCAAUCACUUAUGAUGAUCUCUAUCCAUCUUCUUACCUUGGAGCAAUCAAAUGCCAUUAAAUGUAGCUAUAAUUUGGAAUGAAUCAAAUCUUUUUCAUUGAGGAGAUUUGUCAGUACAGCAUGAUUACAUAUGGAAUUAUGGAUAUGUUGCAUUAUGUGCCUCAGGCUUCCUGUUCUGUUCUUUCAUGCUCCUUUUAGUUCUUUUUCUUGGCAAGUAGAAUCAUGGAGAAACAAUAAUAGAGCAAAUUGAUUCGAUGUCUCAAUGUACUGAAUGCAUUCUUUAGUAGCACAAUAUAUUUUAACAAACCUUGACACAUUUUUAGAUGAUCUUCAUGAAAGAUCAUCUUCUUUGAGUUAUCACUUGUUUUUGUCAGAUAGACAAGAGAAAAUAAGAGAGUGUGAUCUUUGCCCCAGAGUUUUGAUCUACUAUAUGCUUAUGUAUGUGGGUGAAAAUUGAACUAAAUUUCUGAGAGUUUUACUUUGUAAAUUAUGUACCUCUUUAUUGUCAAAGAAAUAAGUUUUUAUGGUGGUAGGUGUCAAGCUGGGCUUCAUUUAAAAAAAAGACAAUCAUAGUUGGUUCUAUGACCAGAUCCAUAAUAUGUCUCUCUUGGAAUUUCACUUGUAUUUCCCAAACUACCUUGGAGCAUCAUUCUCUGGUCUAGUUUUUUGUAAUUGGAAAUUUAAGGCUUAAGAUUGAUGAAAGCUGAGUUGCAGAGUAGAGAAGUAAUAACACACUAAGAACUUUGUGUUUUUCAUAGUGUUUUUACACCUGCUAUCUUACUUAAUCUUCAAAACCAUUCUGGGCAAAUAUUAUUAUCACAAUUUUACAGAAGAGAAACCUGAGGCCGAGAGAAAUUAAUUGACUUACUCAAGAUCAUAAGAGUGAAUCCGUGGCAGUUCCAACAUAAGAACUUGGAUAUGUUGACUCUCCAGGCCUGUAUUUUUCUGACUGCAUUCCUAAAAAGGUAGUGACCUUUUUGAGCCAUCCUUUUAAAAAACUGGAUUCUGUUGUAUCAAUUUCAAUAAAGUUGAUCCCAUUUUAUAUUUCUUUAAAAUGAAAAUUUUUUCUCUACUUUUCUUUUGUUUCUUUACCAGUUAUUUACACAAAUAAUUUUUUCUCCUUCUUUCUUCUA